AUGACAACCAAAUCAGUCCUCCUUAUCGGCGCCAACGGCACACUAGGCGCCAAACUCUUGGACGCCCUCGUCGCAGCCAAGUCAUUCAAGCUCAGCGUCCUCAAGAGAGCCGGUUCCCGGAGCAAGAUCCCGUAUGCGGCAGACCAGGUGCAGGCCAUCGAGGUCGACGAUGACCUUUCUUUUGAGGGCCUCAAGACUGCUCUCCGAGGCCAGGAUGCCGUCAUCGUAACCUUCCGUCUGCGAAAUGCCGAGCAACACUUGCGCAUCGCAGAGGCCGCCUCGGCUGCGGGGGUGAAGCACUUCAUGCCCGCCGACUUCGGCAGCAUUGACGCCGAUAACCCCCGCGCUCGGGAACUCAUCCCGCUCUACCGCCACAAGCUCGCCGUCCGCCAAAAAGCUCAGGAGUUGGCGGAGGCAAACCCGGACUUCGCCUGGACCGGCAUCGUGUGUGGCCACUUUUUUGACUGGGGUCUCCAGAAGGGAUUCUUGCAUGCCUACCUCGACAGAAAGGAAAUCGACAUCAUCGACGGCGGCAACAUCAAGGCCUCAGCCUCCUUGCUCUCAAGAGUCGGGGAGGCCGUGGUGCGCAUUCUCAAUCUAGGCGUCACUGAUGCGACGAAGAAUCGGACGCUGUUCAUUCAGAGCUUCUGCGUAACCCAGAAUGAGCUGCUCCAGAGCCUCGAGAGAGCGACAGGAUCGACUUGGACGGUAAACAAGGUUGAUUCCGAAAGCUUCAUCGAGGAACACAAGAGAAAGGCCGACGCUGGCGACGCUGAGGCCAUCGAAGACCUCGUCUUUGCUGUCGGCCAGCUGGAUGCGGAUUGGACCAAGCGUGAUGAGUUCGCCAUGAAGACUUUGGGCCUGGAGGACGAGGACUUGGAUGCAGUUGUAGCGGACAUUGUAGCGAACUCGACACCCUAG